GGGUGGGUAUGGGUACGAGGUGGUUUGAGCAUGAACAGGUAUGAAUAGGAUCGCGUCUGCGUGAUGUUUUUUGGAGAAGCUCGACAGGGUGCGAGUGAGUAGGGGUGUGAGUGAGUCAGGCUAUGAGUGGAUCCGAUUACGAGUUGUGAGCCAUGAUGUGGUCUGAUCAUGAGUGGGUCUGAGUACGAGUGAGUAUGCUCGUGAGUGCGUCUCGACAUGCACACGACUGAAUCAAAGAACGUCAUUUUGGGAGAGUGCUGCGCACGAUGCUCAUGGCUGGCUGAACGCUGAAGUGUGGCUCCAGCGAAUUAGGCCGGCCGGCUGACACUGAUAUCAAUACCAUCUUGACCUCCCAUGUUUUCCAGUCGCAAUCUUGAUCUAUGGUUCCCUCUUGUGCGACCCGCUUGUGGACGACACCAGAUCUUUCGACCAUGGAGAAGGGUGGGGAUAGAAAAGGCCGAAUCGAUCACGGGUUCCACCACCAAUGAAAAGAAGUUCAAUAUUGAAGGAGGGAAAGAGGGUUACUUACCGGGAGACAUGGACGUAGAAGAGGCACUUGAGGAGGAGGAGGAGGAGGAGGACAAGAAGUACACAAUGAGGUGGAUGAUGGAGAUUAUGGCAUGCAUCAGGAAGGACAUGCAGGAUGCUAUGAAUUAUGCGGAAAAAGGCUAAGAAGAUCGUUCGUCAGGCAAAUGUGACGGCGACCAUCGCCGAACAAGUGGUGGUGACGAUGUGGGAGGAGACGACACAUGCAUUGAACAAGCGCAAGCCAGUUAGCGAGACCAGGAAGAAAGACAUUGAGGAAAUGAAUAUGGGAACUAACAUGUACAACAAUCGUAGUGAGGUGAGGGAGGGCCUGAGGGCACCGCGGCGGAGUUGUCGGAGGAUGAUGUGCGUGCCAGACAGGUCAUCGCUUUUGGCUUCAAGGAAGAACUCGCUGCGGAA